UAAAAGUUUUUAAACAUUUAAGUUUCGUAAACAGUCUAAAACUAUACUUUGUUGAAAGUUCAUCUUCUAGAGAAAAAAUAAAUUUCAAAAAAAUGAAAAUCUUUGCUUUAUUUUUGGCCAUCUUUGCUUUGGUGUCAUCAGCCGUUGCUAUUAAAAAUGCUGCUUGUGGUUUGAAACAUGCCGUCGACGGUAAUGGUUUGAUUGCCUGUGCCGCUUACAUUCCUUCUUGGUCCUACAAAGCUGAUUCCAACGAGUGCGUUGAAUUCGUCUAUGGAGGUUGCGGUGGCAACAACAACCGUUUCAAUUCUCUUAAAGAAUGUGAGGAUAUGUGCAAGGAAUAAAUUAUUGGAAUAAAUUAGGAACGUGAAAUGUGAUUUUUUUUUUGUAAAUAUAAUUAAUAUUUAAAGUUUAAA